AUGAUCUACCAACAACUGUACUGUGCUUUCUACGUGCUUCUAUGUAUGAUUAACUUGCCAAAUAUUCAAUCAACAGCAUCGAAUUCAUUAUCCGAUUGUCAAGCAGUGGCUUCACAAUUUCGAACAACAAUUAAUUAUACAGCCAGCAGUAUUACAGGGACUACUGGAGUUAAUGUUAGCUGUUCAGCCAGUGGUAUUGUAUGUCCGGGUACAACUAUCAAUGGUGUUUGUGUAUGGCAACGAAAAUUAAGUGCUGUUUGUCGAAAUGCUAGUGGUGUUAUUAAAAUUCGUAUUCAAACAAAUGGUUUACCUCCACGUUGUGCUGCUGUACCAUCGAGUACUUUUGCCGAAUUAGAUGUUGAUUUUGAAGUUAACUUUAAUCCUGAUGUUAGUAUUAAUUCGUUAAAUUUGAAUUUAAGCACUGUUGCUUCACUUUCACAAACAAUCUGUACACUAACUAGUAUGUCAUCAGUUCCAUCAGCUUCCGGCUAUGUUAAUUAUGGUACGACAGGUUUGGAUACUGCAACGGGAGUAGCAGUAGACGGUGUAAUGAUGUUUACUUCUGAUUCAGCAAAUAAUUAUGAUCCGUUUUUUCCACCAUCAGGUGGAACUGCUGAAACAGUAGAUAGCUGUCUUGCUCAUUGUCAAGCGGCUGGUAUAUAUCAUUAUCAUAUUGCUACUGGUUGUCAAGUCAAUCCUCCAACAGGAAAUAUUACAUCAUGUGCUGCUGUUAGUGCUUGCAAUUCAAAUAUUGCUACCUAUUCUAUAUCUUCAUUUUCAAGUUAUCAAACAAAGACAGUAAUUGGUGUUGCCAGAGAUGGGCAUGUUAUUUAUGGUCCUUAUUUAUCUUCAGGUACUCGAGUAACAACAGGUUUUGAUGUUUGUAAUGGAAUGUUUUAUGAUUCCAUUGGUAAUUAUGCUUAUUUUGCUACAUCAACAUAUCCAUAUCUUGUUGGAUGUUUUGGACCAGGAAAUUAUCCAUCAUUUGGACCCAAUUGUACCACUAAUGGAGUAUCGACCUAUAAUAUGUCAUCUUAUGCUAUUUCAUUCUUGAGUAGUAAUACUACUAACACAACUACUGCUUCAACAACAAUGGUAACAAACUCAACAACAGCAUCAACAACAAGAGUAACAAACUCAACAACAAUGGCGACUAAUUCAACUACAGCUUCGACAACAAGAGUAACUAAUUCAACAACAGCAUCAACAACAAGAGUAACUAAUUCGACAACAGUCCAUCAUUCGGCUUCCAUAAGUGGUCGAAUCAAUCUUGAUACUGGUCUUAUUCUUUUACUUAUUACCGCUUGGAUAUGGUUAUAUUAA